ACAAGUAGUUAUUUUUUUUCCAAAUGGUGCAUCUGAGUCAGUUAGUCUGAAUCUUGUGUCUCCUCUUGUCCUCCAGGGCUACCGUACAGGAUACGCGUACCGCUUCCCGGUGCUGCUGGAGCGCUCGCGGACACGGAGGGAUGUGGAGGUGCCGGCCACAGCGACCGCUCACCACCAGUUCGAUGACGACGGGGUGCACCCGGCCCUGAGGCAGCACCCGUUCGCCCAGAGGCAGCAGCAGGAGAGGACCCGCUGGCUCAACACCCCCAACAGCUACCAGAAAGUCAACCAGGAGCUAAACAGCCCGGGGCAGCGCACCACUUGGUUGAAGUCCGAAGAGAUAACACAAUCUGGAAGCAUGGCCAUCAAGAUGGAGACCAACCAGUUUGUGCCUCUUUUCACCAACCCUCAGGAGGUGAUCGCCACACGAAACAAGAUCCGACAGCAGAAUCGUCAGGACAUGAAGACGGCUGGACCGCAGUCUCAAGUCCUUGCCAGCGUUAUAACGGUCGACAGUCCUCCGUCUCCUGAGGACACUCCUAAAGUCCCACCAGAACCAGAACCUCCCAACCCCUUCAACCAGCUGACGGACCAGGAGCUGGACGAGUACCGCAAGGAGGUGCAGAAGAAACAGGAUGGAGGAACCAACGGGGAGGAGGUGGCAAAUGACAAGGAGUCUCCCCCCGCUGCCUCCCCCACAGAGACUCCCCCUCCUCUCUCAGUGAGCAGGCAUUGCCCUGAAAAUGACUCAAAGGCACAGUUCUGGUGCUUUGGUCUUCUCUCACUAGUAAGUACAGAGAAUGACAACCCACCACCCAUUUAACUAAUACUUCACUACCAAAAUAAUAAUUUGUACAUCAGUAACCUUUGUUUCCUUGAAUUUGUGAAGAAAAGGUUAUUUUUCUCACGUGUUCCACGGGAAACAAGGAUAAGAAAAAUUAGAAUAUUCUAGAUACAUUUUUGUUAAAUCCUGUUGACAAAAACCAAAGUUUUCUUCCCAAAUUCAACGUAAGCCAGGGUGAAUAAUUGAAAUUCAAUAGAUAAUUUUGUGGGUGAAAUAUUCCUUUUAAGCAAGCAUGUUCAUCUGCAGUGACAUGUCCAGCAUGUAGCUUUGCAGCUGCACUCCUCUCAGCUCUCUUCAGAGAUGGCAAAAGUACACACAUCCUUUACUCGAGUAGAAGUACAGAUACUCGUGUUUAAA